UAACUACCAAAAUACAUUAUACAUACCAUUUCUCUCCUCUUUCUCCUAUUUGCUCUCUUUGCCAUUUCUUCCCUCCGAAAAAUCACCAUUUUUCUUCCUUCACAUCAAAAAAUUGAUGAACUUUCCAUUAUUGUAAUGGUUUUUGAUGAAAAUGUACAUACAAAAAUGGCAGAAAAACAAUGCAUAUAUUCAAAUUUUUGUGAUUUUUUCUAUUUGUUUCAUCGUUUUGGUGAAUCAAAUCGAGGCGCAGAACAAUGAGACCAAUGGUAUGAAUGAUGCGAAUGAUACGAGGUCGAAUGAGCUAUUGACACAAGUGAUUUAUAGUAGCUUUAACAAUGUUACCUCCUUGUUUGAUACUGGUGUUACCGAUAAAUUGAAGUUCUGCAUCGAUGAUGUGGAUGCUGAGUGGAAUAAAGCUUUUAAUUUCAGCGACAACACAGAUUUUUUAACAGAUUGCAUUAAAAAGACACAAGGUGAUAUACUAAGGCGCUUGUAUACAGCACCGGAGUUAAAGUUCUAUUCUCAACUUUUAAUGAAAGGCUGUGGAAGAGGUAACCUGAAACCUACAAAUUGUAAUCUAUCAUCAUGGGUUAAUGGAUGUGAGCCAGGAUGGGCUUGUAGCAUUGGAGACAAUCCGGUUGACCUUGAUUUAAACAAAAUGCCACUUAGAAUUCUUGAGUGUGAACCUUGUUGUGAAGGUUUCUUCUGUCCUCGUGGUCUCACCUGCAUGAUACCUUGUCCACUUGGCGCGUUUUGCCCUCUUUCAACACUCAAUAGCGAGACUGGUGUGUGUGACCCGUACCAUUAUCAACCUCCUCCAGGGCAGACAAAUCAUAGUUGCGGUGGAGCAGAAGUUUGGGCUGAUGUUCGGAGUACUACUGAAAUUUUUUGUUCAUCAGGAUAUUACUGUCCAACUACUGCACUGAAAUUACCUUGCAAUAAAGGGCAUUACUGUAGAACUGGUUCUACGUCUCAAACAAGCUGCUAUAAGUUAGCUAUUUGUGAAUCAAAGUCAAGUAAUCAAAAUAUCACAGCUUAUGGUAUUAUGUUUUUUGCUGGAAUCUCACUUGUACUUCUCAUUAUAUACAACUGUUCUGGUCAAAUGCUGAGCAGCAGGGAGAGAAAACAAGCGAAGUCCAGGGAACGUGCAGCAAUAAGUGCAAGGGAGAAUGUACAGGCAAGCGAGAAAUGGAAAUCUGCUAAAGAGAUUGCUCGCAAGCAUGCAACUGGUUUACAAUCUCAAUUGUCAAGGACAUUCUCCCGGAAAAAAUAUGUAAGUCAACAGGACCCGCAAAAGGUUCCUAGUCACGCUAGAUCUCGUUCAGAAGCUGCCUUACCCCCCUUGCCCUUAGGUACGUCUCACACCAAAGCUAAAAAGCAGAUCAACCUCACAAAGAUGGUGCAAGAGCUUGAAGAAAAUCCUGAUAGUCAUGAUGGUUUCAAUAUUGAGAUUGGAGACAAAAAUGUAAAAAAGCCCAAGGGUGAAAAGUUGCAUACCAAGAGCCAAAUCUUUAAAUAUGCGUAUGGUCAAAUUGAGAAAGAAAAAGCAUUGCAGGAGCAGAAUAAGGAUUUGACAUUUUCUGGUGUAAUCUCGAUGGCAAGUGAUAUUGAGAUUAGAACUAGACCUCCUAUUGAGGUGUGUUUCAAAGAUUUGACGCUUACUUUGAAGGGUAAAAACAAGCAUCUAUUGAGGUGUGUAUCAGGGAAAUUAUCACCUGGCCGUGUUUCGGCUGUUAUGGGUCCAUCUGGUGCUGGAAAGACAACGUUUCUUUCUGCGUUGACUGGGAAGGCUGCUGGGUGUACUGUGACCGGAGUGAUUCUCAUAAAUGGGAAGCCUGAACCAGUGCAGUCAUACAAGAAAAUCAUUGGCUUUGUACCUCAAGAUGACAUAGUACAUGGAAAUUUAACUGUGGAGGAGAAUCUUUGGUUUAGUGCUCGGUGCAGACUGGCAUCUGAUUUGCCUAAACCAGAAAAGGUUUUAGUUGUUGAAAGAGUGAUAGAGUCCCUGGGAUUGCAACCUGUGAGAGAUUCUCUCGUGGGGACAGUGGAGAAGCGAGGCAUCUCUGGGGGUCAGAGGAAGAGAGUCAACGUUGGGCUGGAAAUGGUUAUGGAACCUUCUUUGUUAAUCUUAGAUGAACCCACUUCUGGUUUGGAUAGCUCUUCAUCUCAAUUGUUACUCAGAGCUACUCGCCGGGAAGCUCUUGAAGGAGUGAACGUGUGCAUGGUGGUGCACCAGCCAAGCUAUUCUUUGUUCAGAAUGUUUGACGAUUUGGUACUUCUAGCAAAGGGCGGCCUUACCGUAUAUCAUGGACCAGUAAAGACAGUUGAAGAGUACUUUGCAGGCAUUGGAAUAACUGUACCUGAUCGCGUUAAUCCUCCUGAUCAUUUCAUUGAUAUUUUAGAAGGAAUUUAUAAACUCCCGAGUACAGGACUGAACUAUAAAGAUCUUCCUGUAAGAUGGAUGAUUCAUAACGGAUACCCCAUACCACCAGAUAUGCUAGAUUCUUCUGGAUCACAAGCAUCUUCGGUUGGAGAAAAUUCAGCUGAUGGAGCAAGUCCUGCAGCUGCUACCUCCGAUCAAUCUGGAGAUCUGUGGUCAGAUAUCAAAUCCAAUGUUGCACAGAAGAAGGACCGCAUGAGAUUCAACUUUUUGGCAUGGUCGGACUUGUCCCAUCGGAAAACCCCUGGUGUAUUGCUUCAAUAUAAGUAUUUCCUUGUCAGAGUCGGGAAGCAACGAUUGCGAGAAGCCAGGCUACAAGCAGUUGAUUGUCUUAUUCUGUUACUUGCUGGAAUCUGUUUGGGAACACUUGCUGACGUGAGUGAUGAAUCAUUUGGAUUUAUGGGGUACCUUUACACCGUCAUUGCAGUUCCUCUUCUCAUCAAGAUUGCGGCUUUGAGGUCAUUUUCUCUAGAUAAAUUACACUACUGGAGAGAGAGUGCAUCUGGCAUGAGCAGUUUGGCAUACUUUAUGGCUAAGGAUACCGUUGAUCAUAUCAAUACUAUUGUAAAGCCUGCAGUUUAUCUAUCAAUGUUCUACUUCUUCAACAAUCCAAGAUCUUCAAUUUUGGAUAACUAUCUCGUCUUGCUUUGUGUUGUAUAUUGUGUUACUGGGAUAGCUUAUGCACUUGCCAUCUACUUUGAACCUGGUCAAGCUCAACUGUGGUCGGUGUUGCUACCAGUUGUCUUGACCCUUGUAGCAAGCAAGGACAGUAAGUUCACUGCGAUGGUAGGAGAUUAUAUCUAUUCAAAGUGGGCCUUGGAAGCAUUUACAAUUGCAAAUGCUAGAAGGUACUCUGGGGUGUGGCUGAUCACAAGAUGUGGUGUACUAAUGAAAAGAGGCUUCGCGCUUGAUCAUUGGUACCCUUGCUUACUAAAACUCAUCCUUCUUGGUGUUAUCAGUCGCUGCGUAGCAUUUUUGUUAUUGAUAACUUUCCAGAAAAAAUAAGACUUCAUUGUUGCUGUCUUGCUUCAUCACUUGGUAUACAAGAAAGAAUGCCAGUUUACAGUCUCAAUACGAUGACGAAAAUGUUGGGAAGCCUCAAAAAGUUGGGUCCCUUGUGAAGAUUAUUGUAUAUGAUUCUUGCCAAAAAUGUAAUUUACUCGAAACGGAUGGUAUAUAGCAGCAGGAGUCAGUUAAACAGGUUAUAUGAUUCUUUCUUCUUUAGAUGGAAAAUCAAAUGUAACAUGUGUUAAUAGUAGUUUCUCUGGGAGAAUGAUUCCACCUGGUUCCUGAGCCUCAUUUUGUAGCCUUGAACCUAAAGAGAAUAACCGAAAAAUGUCCGUCCCGUCUUCAUGAAGUUGACAAGGAUAUGACUGAGAGUACACCACAGAAAUUGGAGGUUAUACCCAAAAGUUGAUAUAGAUGAGGAUGUUAACAUCAAAUUAUGUAAACGGCUAUGCAGCCAAAUGUGAUAAUAGCAUAAAUUCAGUUUUGAGUAGACAGUACAUCUUUUCUGUUCACAAAAUUCUACUAUUUUUUCCUUU